AUGGACUCUCGUGAACCGCCGCCCAUCACCGCCUAUGCCUCCACCAACGCCUCCUCCAUCAUCAGCCCUAACUCCAACGCCACCAUUAUGUCCCCAACCACCGCUCGAUUCCCCUUCGCCGCCGUGCCUCCGCCCUCUGAGUCGUUCUCCGCCGCCUCCUACGACGGUUCCUCCUCGCCGAUGCGGCCCUGCGCCCUCACCAAGAAGAAGAGGGGGCGUCCCCGGAAGUACUCGCCCGACGGUAACAUUGCUCUCGGCUUGGCUCCCACCCACAUUUCCCCUUCCGGCGCCGGCGACUCAGCCGGCACGCCGUCUACCGAAGCUCCGGCGAAGAAGCAUCGGGGAAGACCUCCGGGGUCCGGGAAGAAGCAGCUUGAUGCUUUGGGAGCUGGUGGGGUUGGUUUCACACCUCAUGUUAUCUUGGUGGACUCUGGCGAGGACAUUACAGCAAAAAUUAUGGCCUUCUCUCAGCAAGGGCCUCGGACUGUUUGCAUUCUUUCUGCUAAUGGUGCAAUCUGCAAUGUCACCCUUCGACAGCCCACAUUGUCUGGUGGUACUGCAACAUAUGAGGGACGAUUUGAGAUUAUAUCUUUAUCAGGUGCUUUGCAGCUAUCUGAAAAUAAUGGGGAACGUAGCAGAACAUGUGGUUUGAAUGUUUCCCUUGCAGGGUCUGAUGGACGUGUUUUGGGUGGCGGAGUUGCUGGAAUGCUAACUGCUGCAUCACCUGUACAGGUCAUUGUGGGUAGCUUUAUUGCGGAUGGGAAAAAGUCAAGCUCAAAUAUCCUGAAAUCUGGGCCUUCUUCAGGACCAGCAUCCUUUGGUGCUCCUAUGACUCCAACUAGUCCUACGUCUCAAGGGCCUUCAAGUGACUCCUCUGAGCCCGAGGAAAAUGACCAUAGUCCUUUUACUAGGGGGUCUGGACUCUACAAUAAUGCUAGCCAGCCCGUUAAUAACAUGCCAAUAUAUCAUCAUCCUCUAUGGGCUGGUCAAUCUCAUCAGUGA